AUGCUGUCAAGAUCGACCUCUCUUUGUCUCCUUACCGUUGCAUUGGGUGCCGCUGCGCUUCCCGCUCCGCGUGCCACGCCGAACCUUGGCCUCUCCUUCACAUCCAAGUUUAAUACCAAGGGCACCCAGAAGUUCGACUUGGCCAGGGCCGAUCGUGCACGUAUCGAAGCGAUGGCUCACACAGGCCAUGCCAUCAAAAGCGGCAACCAUAAACGGGCCAGCGCAUACUCCGUCGACGCUACCAACGCUGCUGUUGUAUACACCACAACGAUCACCAUCGGUUCGGAGGGUGAACAGUACAGUGUGCUGGUCGAUACAGGGAGCAGCAACACGUGGGCUGGUUCUGCCAAACCGUAUACCCGUACUAGCACCACGAACUGCUCGUCCGGCAUAUUCACGGAAGUAGACUACGGUUCUGGCCUCUUUUUCGGCGAGGUAUGCACGGAUACCGUAGCAUUGUCUCCGCAAAUGGCGGUGCACAAUAUGUCCGUCGGCUAUGGCCUUGUUACCGAAGGCUUCGACGAAGUCGACGGUUUGCUCGGCAUCGGCCCCAAGAUUCUGACAUGGGGUACCGUCGACGGCAUGACAGAUUACAUCCCAACCAUCAUCGACGAACUUGCGGCACAAGGCACAAUACCUUCGGACAUGUUUUCGAUCUACUUCCAGCCAACUACCACCAUGAGCCUCAAGAAUGGCGAGCUCACGAUUGGUGGCGUGGACAGCGCCAAAUGCGAAAGUGCCGUCACCUACGUUCCACUCACGACGACCACGCCGGCGGCAUACUACUGGGGUAUUGACGCAGCUUUGACGUACAACAAUUCCGCUGUGCUGGAGAAGACCGCGGGCAUCGUUGAUACCGGUACCACACUGACUUACAUCGCUUCAAACGCCUUUGCAAAAUACCAGAACGCAACCGGCGCCACACUGGACUCAACCACUGGACUCCUCAGCAUCACUCCAGACCGGUAUGAGAAUCUCUUGGGCCUGGACAUCGUGAUCGGAGGUCAAAACUUCAAGCUGACGCCCAAUGCGCAAGUCUGGCCACGAGCUCUGAAUGCCGAAAUCGGAGGCUCGGAUGACUCCUUGUACCUCAUCGUCAACGACAUCGGAACACUCGUCGGAUCAGGCCUCGAUUUCAUACUCGGGUACACGUUCCUGGAGAGGUAUUACAGCGUCUUUGAUGAGACAAACCAAAGAAUGGGCUUCGCAUCUACAACGCAGACGAACGCGGUGGUUAACUGA